AUGGAAACAACAUCCAAAGCCCCAAAUCCACAGCGGCACAUGCCGAUAAUUAAAACACAGCUUUUUCUACUGGCCGUCGCUGGGCUUGCGGCCUACGCUCGAGCGGACGUGUCACAUUUGUUGCAUGGACUAAGUCUGGAUCCACAUCACCAUCAUCACCAGGAUCCUCAUGCACACGGACACAAUUUUCACGCACAUGGACACGACCUUCACGGACAUGGAUACGAUUCUCACGCGCACAAUCACGGGCAUGGACAUGAUCCUCACGCACACAGACAAGAACUGCACACACACGCCCAUAUCGACGUACAUUCUCACCACGUUGAUCACCACCACAUAGAUCAGCAUUCCCAUCAUCACCAUCAUGAUGAAGCCAGAUUAAAUACUCCCAGCGGCUACAACUACGCGCCACCACAGAAGCCCCGCACUAAAUAUCUGCCACCCAAAGUUUCGCUACCCCCACCACCGCCACCACCUGUGACCCCAAAACCGGAAUACUUGCCACCAGAGCCAGAGGUGUCAUAUCUGCCACCUGAGCCAGUAGCACCAAAGUACUUGCCGCCAAAAGUGAAGCCUAGUCUGCCACCUCCACCGCCGCCUCCACCACCAAGGACUAGUUACCUGCCACCAGCACCCAAGCCGUCCUAUUUGCCACCAAUACAGCCCGAGCCAACUUAUUUGCCGCCCGAACCUGUAGCGCCCAAGUAUCUACCACCCAAGAUUGCACCAGUGCUGCCUCCUCCGCCACCACCACCGCCGCCGAAGGCAUCCUAUUUGCCCCCUGCACAACCUGAGACUAAGUACCUGCCCCCUGCGCAGCCCGAGAACGAGUACCUACCUCCCGCACAGCCAGAGACAAAGUAUUUGCCUCCCUCAGAGCCGGAAUCGAGGUAUCUGCCGCCCACUCAGAGCCUAGCACCACCACACCACACCUCACAUUUCGAGAUACCCAUACCAGCGUAUGCACUGCCGUUGGGUCCGGCGCCCAGCCCACUGCCAGCCGAGCACCUUAAUACGCAUGUGCACUCGCUUGAAACCAAAUACCUGCCGCCCGUUGCGCGUUCGUCCAAUGCUAAUCCGGUCCAAGGUUACCAGUACAAGGCACCAUUCCGACGCCUUAAGCUGUAA